UCCUGAUACAAAUUUUCGUAGCAAGGCUAGUCGUGUACAUUGUUGGAGCGGACAACGGGGUUUCAUUCGCAGCGUUCUAGAAAUUUCCUCCCCCCAUCCCCUUGUCCAAUACACAGCACGUAAUAUUGUAUAUGUUUUUGGAUAAAUUCUGGACUCAAAGAGAAGAAUUUAAAGUCAUAUCGGUGGAAUAUUGUUUGUAUUCUCAUCUCGACAACACGCAGUUGGACGCACUCUGAUGGCGGUCACUAUCGAGGAGCUGUAUCGUAACUAUGGGAUUCUUGCUGAUGCCAAGCCGGAGGAUCUGAGCCAGCACAAAGAUGCCUAUCAGGUGAUCCUUGAUGGCGUGAAAGGGGGUCCUAAAGAGAAGCGCUUGGCAGCACAGUUCAUUCCCAAAUUCUUCAGCAGUUUCCCAGAGCUGGCGGAUGCAGCAAUCAACGCUCAGCUUGACCUGUGUGAGGAUGAAGACGUCUCGAUUCGGAGGCAGGCCAUCAAAGAGCUCCCCCGUUUCGCAGCCGGGGAGAACAUUGUCAGGGUAGCAGAUAUCCUCACCCAGCUUCUCCAGACAGAAGAUUCGGCCGAAUUCAACCAAGUGAACACAGCUCUGGUCUCCAUCUUCAAGAUGGAUGCGAAGGCUACACUAGGAGGUCUGUUCUCUCAGAUCCUGCAGGGGGAGGACAUAGUAAGGGAGAGGGCCAUCAAGUUCCUCUCCAUCAAGCUGAAGACCAUGCCUGAGGACGCCAUGACCAAGGAGGUGGAGGACUACAUCUUCACCGAGACAAAGAAGGUGCUGGAGGACGUGACUGGGGAAGAGUUUGUGCUGCUGAUGCGGAUCCUGAUGGUGCUGAAGGGCCUGCAGACGAUGAGUGGACGGCAGCAGCUGGUGGAGCUGGUGGUGGAGCAGGCCUUUCUGGAGCAGGCCCUGAACCCCGCUGACCCCGACACUGUGGACCGCCUGCUGCAGUGCACGCGCCAAGCCCUGCCCCUCUUCUCUAAAAAUGUCCAUUCCACCCGCUUCGUCACUUACUUCUGUGACCACGUCCUGCCCAACCUCAGCUCCCUAACCAGUCCCGUGGCAGAGCUGGAUAUUCAGCUGGAGGUGUUGAAGCUGCUUGCUGAGAUGAGUCCAUUCUGUGGAGACAUGGAGAAGGUGGAGACCAACCUCACCAUGCUGUUUGAGAAGCUGCUGGAGUUCAUGCCGCUGCCUCCAGAGGCGGAGGGUGAGAACGGCGAGAACACACUGAGCGACGAGCCCAAGCUGCAGUUCAGCUACGUGGAGUGUCUCCUCUUCAGCUUCCACCAGCUGGGCAAAAAGCUCCCCGAUUUCCUCAUUGACAAGAUCAAUGCAGAGCGCCUCAAAGACUUCAAGAUCAGAUUACAGUACUUCGCCAGAGGGCUGCAGGUGUACAUUCGCCAGCUGCGAGUUGCCCUGCAAGGCAAGACUGGAGACGCACUGAAGACCGAAGAGAACAAGAUCAAAGUGGUGGCUCUGAAAAUCACCAACAACAUCAACGUUCUGAUCAAGGAUCUCUUCCACAACCCACCGUCGUACAAGAGCACAGUCACGCUGUCCUGGAAGCCUGUCCAGAAGGCUGAGGCUGUAGCUCUGAAGCGCCCGUCCGGGGAGGAUAUGGGUGCAGGCAGUACCAUGAAGAAGCAGCUGUCCCCCCCCCUGCCCCGGAGGGAUGCACGGCAGAUCUACAACCCCCCCAGUGGCAAGUACAGCGCCACCAUCGGCAACUUCUCUAACGAGCAGCGCGGAGGCUUCAGGGGCGGCCGGGGAAGAGGAUUCGGAGGCAGGGGCCGAGGCCGAAUCUACUGAGUCCACCAUCACACACUGAACUGCAGCACAUCAGGAUCCCUGCCGUAACCAAGGGGGUCUCCAUGACCACCGCUCCUCAACCUGUGUCCACUUGUUCUUUUUCCUCCGCCUCCAAACACCUGUGCAAAGGAAGUUGUUGUUUUUUUGGUCGUUUCCUGCCCUCAGAGUAAAUCCACUUCAAGGAGACUGGGAUUUGGACUUUCCUACCUGACAUUUCCACCCUCACACUCUUGCCUGGUGAAGCGAUUGUUCAAGUAGAUCCUUGUGGUUUUAGUUUUUUAUUAGUAUUUUUGUGGAACCAGAGACUGACAAGUUGUACCUGAUUUGAUAUUUUUGUCAGAAAAAAAAAAGUUUUAUAAACUGUUGACAAAUGCAUUCUCUUUUUAUUUCUUUAAAAAAAUAUAUUGGAGCUUGGAUUUGGAUUGGCCUUCUCUCUACGCUACUUUGUAUGAAUCCAAAUGUUUUCAUCUGAUUUUUUAAAAAUCAAACUUGUAUUGAUGUCUCCACCACCAUGCCCUUUUGUUAGUGUAAAACCUGGUUAAAAUAAGACAAUUACAUUGAAAACCAAUGUAUUCUGAAUUUUUAGGUAGUAGGAAAAACUUGAUUAUUUCCUCUGCAAAACAGGCUGUGUGACACCGAAUAGAUGAUUAUUAAAGUCCAUUUGUUUUAUUGGACAUUGGGUGUCUUUUGAAUCAGCCAAGGCAGAUUUAGGACUUGGGAGUUCAAUUUUAAUUAACUCCCAAGUAACUUUUCUACUAAAUUUAAAUGAGUUUAGAGUCUCAAUUUGAGUUUUCCAUUCAUGUUUUGCAUGCUUUUAUUAUUUUUUUAUUAAAUAUUUCUCCCCGUGUUAUUUAAACUUUUGGAUUAAAAAAAGGAAAUCAAAUCUGA